UUGUCCGGUAGGACGGGACCAGCAGUCGCCACACAGCCCCGCGUGCCUGACCGCAAGACUACUUCCUGGAUCAAAGCACGGGACGUUUCCAGCACCAACCUCCGUGAUAAUGACUUCAUAAUGACCACGUGCGAUCAAUAACAAUAUUGACCCCCCCCCCUCCUGUAGUUAAUGACAGCGAUUGAUCGCCGAUCGCCCCUCCGGACUUGGGGAAUGUGGCUUCCCGGACGCCCGCAGCAGCAGCAGCCGCGCAGGAGUCGGAGCUCAGCUCCCGCAGCGCCGCGUUAACGUGUUCGUUCCUGGAAGCAGACAGCGGCGUCCCCGCAGCCAUGAGGCGCGGAACCGGGUCCUUCUGACCGAACCCCGUGACCGCCGCGGCGCUCCCCCCGAUGCUCUGCCUGCGUGUCAACUUCGUCCCGGCUGCGGCGCCGAGGCUGUGAUUCUUUUCAUUAUCAACCAGAGGAGGAGGAAGCAGGACGCGGCGCUCGAACUUCUCUCUGCUUGUGAUUUUUCCGCCUCCUGUCUCUCGAUGAGCAGGCUAACAUGCGGAGAACCCGGGAACCGAGUUACUGGUGGAUUUUAUCCCUCUUCUGUGUAACGGUGCCGUGCCAGCCCGUUGUAAUGGGUGACCAACCUCUCUUAACUGGACGCCCCCAUUCAGGAAUCACAGGGGUAAUGAGGGAGAGGAGGACAGCUGGUGACCCCUACUGGUCCUAUUCAGGGAGCCAUGGACCCCGAGGCUGGGCAGCUUUAUACCCCGAGUGUGCUGCCAAUAACCAGUCACCUGUGGAUAUCGUAGACGAGCAGUCUGUGCCUUCAGAUGAGUACCUGGAGCUGGUCUUGGACCGAUUCUACGUUGAUUCCUCCAACCAGACAACCAUGAAGAACACUGGAAAGACAGUUGCUGUGCUCCUGAAGGAUGACUACUUUGUGAGAGGAGCUGGACUGCCAGGCCGUUUUAAAGCUGAGAAGAUGGAGUUUCACUGGGGCCAGAGUAACGGGUCAGCAGGCUCAGAGCACAGCAUCAACGGCAGAAGGUUCCCAGUAGAGAUGCAGAUCUACCUUUACAAUUCAGACGACUUUGACAGCCUCACUGCUGCCAUCAAGGAGAGACGCAUCAUCGCUGCCAUGGCUGUCUUCUUUGAGCUCGGACAAAAAGACAACCCGGCGGUGGAACCAAUCAUCCAGGGAUUGAAAGGAGUGGUGCAUCAUGAAAAGGAGACCAACCUCCGGCCGUUCGUCCUGAGGGAUCUGCUGCCAUCGUCCGUGGACAGCUAUUACCGAUACACCGGCUCUUUGACCACUCCCCCCUGCAGCAAGGUGGUGGAGUGGAUCGUCUUCUCCAGGCCGGUGUAUCUGUCCCACUCACAGCUGGAAGCGUUUUACUCCAUCUUCACCACGGAGCAGCAGGACCACGUCAAGUCUGUCGAGUACCUGAGGAACAACUUCCGACCUCUGCAGGACCUGGCCCAAAGGAAGGUUUUUAAGUCUGCCGUGAGGGACGCAUGGCAGAGGGAUCUGACCGAGAUCCUGGGAAGUCCUCACAGCACUGACGCCGCAAGAGCAUGUAGCAGUGCCCCAGUGAGCAUGAAGAUCCAGCCACUGAACCAGACGGCCUUGAUGGUGAGCUGGGAACGCCCUCUGACAAUCUACCACCCCCCCAUCACCGGCUACAUGGUGUCCUAUAGCUGGGUGAAGCGGGACGUUGCAGAUGAAAAGACCUUUACCAAAACGGGGGACCAGAGAAUGAAAGCAGUCAUUACUAAUGUGUCUCCUGACGUCCUGUACCUGUUCAGAGUGCAGGCGGUAUGUCAGCAUGACCUGCGCAGUGACUUCAGCCAGACGCUGUUGUUCAGAGCAAAUACAACCAGAAUCUUUGAAGGCUCUCGCAUUGUGAAGACGGGGAUGCCCACUAUUUCUCCAGCUUCCACGGCAGACAUGGCUCCCAUCAGCUCGGGUUCCUCCACUUGGACCUCCUCUGGUAUUCACUUCUCCCUCGUGUCCAUGGCAACUGGAAUGGGUCCCUCCUCUAGUGGCAGUCAGGCCACAGUGGCUUCCGUUGUGACCAGCACCUUGCUGGCAGGUUUGGGGGUCGGUGGAGGGGUCAUUUCCUCUCUGCCGAGUUCUGUCGGGCCCACUCGGGCCCCUCAAGCCACUCAGAAGCCAACACACCCAUCCAGCACACAGCAGACGGCAUCCGAGGGGGCUGACACGGACAAGCCAUCGGAGGAUAAAAAGGCUACAGAGGAGGACAAGGAAGAGGAGGAUGAAGGGGAAGGGGAGCAAGAAGAAGAAGAGGAUGAAAGGAAGAGAAAGACCAAGAAUCCCCCUGAUAUAGUGGAGAAACAAGCAAACGGCACUGUGGCUGAGGAGCCUUUGGUCCUGACUCCUUCCUCCACAACCGAAGACAUUGAGAACCGAGAUGUUGAUCGGAUGAUGAACACUGAGAGGAAACCCACAGAAACAAACCAAGUCUCUACCCAGGACUUCCAAAACAACACUGCAGAGAUGCAGAUCCCUGAGAGCACCACCCUCUCUCCAAAGAUGGGUGCUGAUGGGAAAAGUCGCUGGCCGUUCUCCGUCUACACCGAUCCAACCGUCUUGUCCAACGGGACGCGGAGCCCCCACCCCAGCAUGGGCCGGAUGGUGUGGAUCGUCCCCCUGGUGGUGGUGUCGGCCCUCACGCUGCUGUGCCUCAUCAUGCUGCUGGUUGUGAUGGUUUACUGGAGGAAGUUUUUCCAGACGGCGCAUUUCUAUGUGGAGGAAAGCAGCUCUCCAAGGGUGGUGGCCAAUGACAACAUCCCCGUCAUCCCCAUUCCAGAUGACAUGGAGGCCGUCCCCGUCAAGCAGUUUGUGAAGCACUGCAUGGAGCUCUACAAAAACAACAUGCAAGGCUUUGCUGAGGAGUUCGAGGAGGUCCAGCGCUCCACGGCUGACUUGAAAAUCACAGCAGAGCAUUCAAAUCAUCCUGACAACAAGCACAAAAACAGAUACAUCAACAUCAUGGCCUAUGACCACAGCAGGGUGAAGCUGCGAGCUCUGGCGGGAAAAGACGCCAAACACUCAGAUUACAUCAACGCCAACUACGUGGACGGUUAUAAUCAGCCCCGAGCGUACAUAGCGGCUCAGGGGCCCCUCAAGUCCACGUUUGAGGACUUCUGGAGGAUGGUGUGGCAGCAGAACACGGAAAUCAUCGUCAUGAUCACAAACCUGGUGGAGAAAGGAAGAAGGAAGUGCGACCAGUACUGGCCAACGGAGAACAGCGAGCAGUACGGCAACGUGGUGGUGACGCUGAAGAGCACCAAAGUGCAGGCCUGCUACACAGUGAGGCACUUCCUCAUCAGGAACACGAAGGUCAAAAAGUGUCAGAAGGGAAACCCUAAAGGGAAGCUGAACGAGCGCGUCCUGGUCCAGUUUCACUACACGCAGUGGCCGGACAUGGGGGUUCCAGAGUACACCCUGCCCGUCCUCACCUUCAUCCACCGCUCGUCUGCAGCUCGGACCGCAGACUCGGGCCCGGUCCUGGUGCACUGCAGUGCAGGGGUCGGCCGCACGGGAACGUACAUCGUCAUCGACAGCAUGCUGCAGCAGAUCAAGGACAAAGGCACCGUCAGCGUCCUGGACUUCCUCAAACACAUACGCACACAACGCAACUACCUGGUCCAGACCGAGGAGCAAUACGUUUUCAUUCACGACGCUCUGACGGAGGCCAUCCUCAGCCGAGAGACGGAGGUUCCCGCCUGGCAGCUGCACAGCUACGUCAACAGCAUCCUCACGCCAAGCGCCGGCGGCCGCACGCGGCUUCAGAAGCAGUUUAGG